AUGGAGGCGGUGGGAGCCAAAACAGAUGAAGUUCUUAAGGCAAAAAUAGCCAAGCAACAAGAAGAGGUCCGUAAAAAGCAAGACAUGGAGGGAACUUCUCUGGAGGAGCAAGUGCGCAGGAUAAAGGACAUCGAGGCCAUCGAGAGCGACUCCUUUGUUCCACAGGCUUUCAAAUCAUCCCGGGACAACGUCAAGACUGAGCCUGUGGUGAAGCAGGAGAGCGACAGCGUAGACGUCAGUCUUCCGCUGUCCAUCGUCUACAACGACACCGACACUCUGGCUCAUCCCGCUCUCUUUAUGGACAAAGCGAAGGCUGAGGAGUUGUGGCUCAACCGACUUCAUUCACUACGCCAGGAGAGGCUCAUGGGGAGUCCUGUUGCUUAA